AUGGUACGUCCCCUCCUCCGUCUCACCGCGCGCUCCAACGCCUUCGCCUCUCCGAGCCGGACGCGCAUCGCGACGUCCUCGGCGUCUGCUUCGCGAGCUCUGUUCUCAUCAGCCGCGAGCCAUCGCCUUCCCUCUGCCCUCCGGAGCGAUGCGCACCCCCGCACAGCUACUACCGUCCCCGCCGCGCCCCGCAUGACAUGGUCGAGGGCCUCAUCUCACACCGCACAGGCCGCUAUUCCCCAGACUCCCGACGUUAAGGUUACCGCCGCUGCCCCCGGCCAGCUCUCUGGCGUUGACGCCGCGAUCGUUGCCGUUGUCAGCAGCGAGGGCUCGCCCGAGCUCGUCGGCAACGUCGAUAGCGUCAACACCAAGACUGUCCAGCAGCUCAAGAAGCUCGGCUUCAAGGGCAAGGCUCAGUCGACCGUCAUCGUCCCUGGCGGUGAGAACGACCCCGCCCCCGUUCUCCUCUUCGUUGGCCUCGGCGAGCAGCCCGAGAACGGCUUUAAGCCCGAGACUCUCCGUCGCGCUGCCGGUGUCGCUGUCCGUGCUGCCGGUGCUGCUGAGCUCAAGAACGUUGCCGUCAUCUUCCCUGCCGAGACCCCCGAGGCUGUCGUUGCCGUUGCUGAGGGUGCCUCGCUCGGCACCUACACUUGGAACCAGUACAAGACUGAGAAGUCUGAGGCUGGUGUCCAAAGCAUCCAGGUCGUGACCAAGGACGAGGACGCUGUCCGCCGGGCCGAGAUUGCUGCCCGCCACACCAAGCGCGCCCGUGACCUUGUCAACACUCCCCCCAACUUCCUCUACCCUGCCACUUUCGCCGAGCAGGCGCAGAAGGCUGCCAAGGGUCUUGACAAUGUCACCGUCGAGGUCUGGGACGAGAAGAAGCUCAAGGACGAGCGCAUGGGCGGUAUUCUCGGCGUCUGCCAGGGAAGCCAGCACACUCCCCGCCUUGUUAAGAUCUCGUACGCUCCCUCCGGCGCCAGCAAGAAGCUCUCCAUCGUCGGCAAGGGUAUCACCUUCGACUCUGGUGGUAUCUCGCUCAAGCCCUCGAAGGGCAUGCACGAGAUGAAGGGCGACAUGGGCGGUGCCGCUGCCACCCUCCACGCCGUCCUCUGCGCCGCUGAGCUUAAGCUCCCCGUCAACGUCACCGGCUUCCUCUGUCUCGCCGAGAACAUGCCCUCCGGCUCCGCGCUCAAGAACGGCGACGUCAUCACCCAGCGCACCGGCACCACCGUCCAGAUCCUGAACACUGACGCUGAGGGCCGUCUUGUCCUUGCUGACGGUCUCGCCGUCGCCCAGUCUAAGGAGACCGGCUACGGCACCGAGGAGGCUGACCCCGACCUCCUCCUCGACAUUGCCACCCUCACCGGCGCCCAGAUGGCCGCCCUCGGCACCCGCACCGCGGGUCUCAUGGGUGACGACAAGGCCGUCGAGGCCGUUCGCGCCGCUUCGGGCCGCUCCGGCGAGCAGUUCUGGGCCAUGCCGUUCCCCGACGAGAUGCUCGAGGACCUCAAGUCCACCACUGCCGACCUCGACAACAUCGGCUCCGUCCCUUGGGGUGGUAUGCUGAAGGCUGGAAUUUUCCUCCAGCAGUUCGCCGGCAAGAAGGGCAACUGGGGCCACCUCGACAUUGCUGGCCCCUCGGGCAACUUUGGCAAGCCCCACGGCUACACCUCGACCGAGGGCACCGGCUUCGGUGUGCGCACGCUUGUUGAGGUCGCCAAGGGUCUUGCUCAGUAA